AUGCGGCUACUGCAACGAGAUAACGCCAACAACUACACCCUCACCGCCGAUCUGCCCCCUGACGACACGCCCCCCUAUGCAAUCCUUUCCCACACCUGGGGCACCGACGAGGUCAUCUACAACGAUGUCAAAACGAGUUCCAAUGACUGGCAACAGAAAGCCGGCUACGAUAAGAUCAAAUUCUGCGCCGAUCAGGCCAGGCGACAUGGCCUGCAGCAUUUCUGGGUAGACACUUGUUGUAUCGACAAAUCUGACGCCAUCGAACUCCAGACGGCAAUCAAUAGCAUGUUCAGAUGGUACCGUGGCGCGAAGGGAUGCUACGUUUUCUUGCCCGACGUCUCUUAUCCAUCGAUGUACGGUCCUUCGACAUCCAGUCGGCAGCCAGGCGUGGCACCGUGGGAGACAGCUUUCCGAGGCAGUCGGUGGUUUACGCGCGGCUGGACACUUCAAGAGCUCAUCGCCCCGCAGACUGUCGAGUUCUACUCCAAGGAAGGUGUUUUCUUGGGCGACAAGAGGUCACUAGAGGCUGUCAUACGCGACGUGACAGGUAUUCCAGCAAGGGCUCUACGGGGCACACCAUUGUCUGACUUUACGACUUCCGAACGAGAGGCAUGGGCUCGCAACCGGGAAACAAAGUACGAGGAAGACAUGGCAUACUCGCUACUUGGGAUAUUCGGCGUCCACAUGCCACUCAUCUAUGGCGAGGGUCGCGAACAAGCACAGAGAAGAUUGCGAGAAGAGGUCCAGAGAUCUGUAAAAGGCACUCAUUAUGACCGAUUCUCGAUCAGCUUCAGCCUUUCGGGCGUCCCUGACACUCCACAUUUCGUAGCAAGAGAUGCAGAAGUAGCCGAGAUGCGGAGAAUGCUGUGCUCGGAUGGGAGCCGUCGCAUUGUCGUACUCCAUGGUCUCGGGGGCAUCGGCAAGACACAGCUCGCUGCGACAUAUAUCAACCGAUAUCGGGACGAGUACUCGGCCAUCUUCUGGCUCAAUAUCAAGGACGAAGCGUCCAUUCAGCAGAGCUUUGCAAGGAUCGCAACCCAAAUCCUUGAGCAGAAUGCCGACACCGGCAGCCUCAAGGGGCUGAACCUACAGCAAGACCACGACAAGAUUGUUCAGGGCGUAAAGGCGUGGCUCAGCUUGCCAGGCAACACCAGAUGGCUGAUUGUGUACGAUAACUACGACGACCCAAAGCUUCCAGGGCGGAAAUCCGAUGCAGCGGUUGACAUACACCAGUUCCUGCCGAUGGCACAUCAGGGCUCCAUAGUGAUCACAACACGGCUGUCGCAAAUCGACAUAGGACACCACAUUCGACUUGAGAAACUCGAAUCCCAAUACGAGAGUCUGCAAAUAUUGUCAAAGGCAUCUGGCCGGAAUGGCUUACAAGACGAUGGUGAUGCACAAGAACUUGUGCGAGAACUGGACGGGCUUCCCCUCGCUCUAGCAACAGCGGGAGCAUAUCUGAAGCGCGUCCCGAUUAGCAUACGCAAGUACCUUCGUUACUACCAGGAAUCUUGGGCAAGACUUACCGGUGAUCUGCAUCUCGGAUCCUAUGCAGAUCGUACCUUGAGUUCAACAUGGCAGCUGUCGUAUGAGCAUGUUCAGGCACAGAACCCACUUGCUGCUGAUCUGCUCCGGUGGUGGGCCUACUUCAACAACGAAGACAUAUGGUUCGGUCUUUUCCGGGCUAGAAGCGGAAUGGGCCCCGUGUGGAUGAAACAGCUUUCAAAAGAGCUCAACUUCAACGACGCGAUGGGUGUACUUUACGACUACGGCCUUGUCGAGCCCACAGCCAUAUUCCAGGAGAUACAAGGGUACAGUAUACAUGGUUGUCUGCAUUCUUGGACGAUCCAUAUAUUGAACGAGGAGUGGGACGGCUGCUUGAACAAGCUUGCAGUCGAAAGCGUGGCGUCGCAGCUUCCAUCCAACGCUGAAGCUGAAUAUUGGCUGCUUCAGAAGCGACUAAUUCCACAUGCUAUACGGUCUUGUUCAACAGUACAGGAGAGCGAUCUUCCUUCGAAUUGGGCUUUCCAUUCUCUAGGCGAUCUUUACUCUGAUCAGGGGAAGCUGGACGAGGCCGAGAAGAUGUACUUGCGGGCUCUUUAUGGACAAGAGAUGGCGCUUGGACAGGGGCACUCAUCAACACUUGAUACAGUCAACAACCUUGGAAUCCUUUACUCGCAUCAGGGCAAGCUGGGCGAGGCCGAGAAGAUGUACUUGCGAGCGCUCUAUGAAACCGAGAAGGCGCUCGGACCGGAUCACACAUCAACACUCGACACAGUCAAUAACCUUGGGAACCUUUACAAAAAUCAGGGCAAGCUGGACGAGGCCGAGAAGAUGUACUUGCGAGCGCUCCAUGGAUACGAGAGAGCUGUGGGACUUGAUAAUGUCACGACAUGCCGACCAGCGAUUAACACCCUUUCGAACCUAGGAUCUUUACGCUCAGAACAGAACCGUGUGAGUGAAGCGCGGCAAUAUUAUCAACGUGCUCACGAUGGUCUUGAGCAGCUCCUCGGGCCUUCGCACCCGGCUGUCCAAUCAGCGCGACAAACUCUCGAGCUUACACAUGUCGCCCGUGAAGCUGGGACGUCUUCGAGUGAUGAUCAACAUUUGGCAGAUCCAACACAACCCCAGGUGUCGAAGGCGAGGCGACGAGACAAGCUGAAGCAGGUCCUAGGUCUUCAUAUGAAGUAGAAAAGUCAGCAGGAUGUCAUACAAUGUACCGUAUUUGCUCAUGAUUUCAGUUCAAUGUCACGAACAAAGCCGUUGAUGGAAUUGCUGCUCUCUUGUCGUUUGUGGCCGACAAUAUAGGCGCGCAGUCGUCCAUAGCGGGUCACAGUUUUGGGCUCGAGCGGGGCUUACUUGAUUGAUGAGGAGCCGGGACUGAAGCCGCUCCUGCAAAAGGAACCCACC